CUCCACCAUCUUCUUCCCUCUCUGCAUCUGCCAUUCUGCCCAUCCGUUCACUGCUCCGAUCAACCAUGACCGACUACGCGAAGCUCAAGGUUGUCGAGCUGCGUGAUCUGCUCAAGGAACGCGGCAUAUCCUCGGCUGGCCUGUCCAAGAAGCAGCAGAUCAUCGACGCCCUUCAGGCCGAUGACGCCGACGCCGGCCUGGGCUCCGACGCUGAAGACCCUGACUCCAACGUCGUCAACCCGCCUACCAAGCGAUCUGCAUCUCCCGUCGAUGGUGCCCCUGCCAAGAAGGCCAAGUCGUCCAACGCCAAGCUCAACAUCCCGGUCGACGAGGGCUGCCCGCUCGCCGGCUAUCGCGUCCACAUCGGCCCCAUUGACGGCAUCAUCUGGGACGCAUCGCUGAACCAGACCAGCGCCUCGAACAACAACAACAAGUUCUAUCGCGUUCAGCUCCUCGAGGGCCCCAAGGGCGACUACAAGACAUGGACGCGCUGGGGCCGUGUCGGCGAACAUGGCCAAAAAGCCGUCCUCGGCAAUGGCAGCCUCGAAGACGCUCACAAGCAUUUCGACAAGAAGUUCAAGGACAAAUCUGGCUUGAAGUGGGCUGAGCGAGGCAACGAUCCCAAGCCUGGCAAGUAUGUCUUCGUCGAACGCAGCUACGCCCCCGACUCAGAUGACGAGGAGGAGGAGAAGCCCAGGAAGAACAGCGUGUCGAAGAGCUCCGACUACGUGCCCCCCGAGAGCAAGCUCGAGAAGCCGGUUCAGUCCUUGAUGGAGCUCAUCUUCAACCAGCAGUACUUUGCCGCUGCCAUGAGUUCGCUCAACUACGACGCCAACAAGCUCCCGUUGGGCAAACUCAGCAAAACCACUAUUUCUCGUGGUUUCCAGGCUCUAAAGAACGUGGCUGCCGCCAUGGAAGAUCCGGCCCAGGCCAAUCAGAUUGAACAGCUGUCCAACCUGUACUACUCUCUCGUCCCCCACGACUUCGGCCGCAACCGCCCGCCUUGCAUCAACAAUUCUGUCCUGCUCAAGAAGGAAAUUGAGCUUCUCGAGAGUCUGAGCGACCUCAAGGAUGCCGACAACAUCAUCAAGAAAGACAAGGAGGGCGUUGAAGAGGUGCAUCCUCUGGAUUCCCGCUUUGGAAGCCUUGGCAUGCAGGAAAUGACGCCCUUGUCGACGGGCAGCGACGAGUUCUCGGCCAUCAGCGAGUACUUGCACAAGACUUGCGGCGAAACCCAUUACGUCAAAUACGAGAUCCAGGACAUCUUCCGCAUCGAGCGCCAGGGUGAGCUUGAUCGCUUCCAGAAGAGCGCUUUUUCGAGCAUCGAAAGCGACCGCAGACUUCUCUGGCACGGCUCGCGCGCCACCAACUUUGGUGGUAUCCUCGGUCAGGGUCUACGCAUAGCACCUCCAGAAGCGCCCGCAACCGGCUACAUGUUCGACAAAGGUAUCUAUCUUGCCGACAUGUCUUCCAAGUCUGCCGGCUACUGUUGCUCUGGCAUCUCGGACGGGCACGCGCUGCUGCUGUUGUGUGAAGCCGAGCUGGGCAAGCCGAUGCUUGAGCUCACGCAAGCCAAGUACAACGCGGCCACCGAGGCGAAGAACUCCGGCCACUACGCGACGUGGGGCAAGGGCCGGAUGGGACCGCUGGGCUGGAAGGACGCCAAGUGCGUGCACCCGUCGCUUGCGGGCGUCAUGAUGCCGGACACGACACAGGCUCCCGGCUCGACGGGCAUCGACGACUGCGGCUUGUACUACAACGAGUACAUUUGUUACGACGUCGCGCAGAUCCGCCUUCGCUACCUUCUCCGCGUGAAGAUGUGAGGGUCUGUGUGCAUGGUGUGACUUACUGGACACGCAGCGCGGACUGAAGACCGUGCACGGCUGGAUGAUGCUUGCUGGUCGACAUUGAUGGUUGUUGCUGACCGAUGAUGAGGCGUUCUGGUGCUCAAAAUGGUGGGAUCAUGGGUAUGCUGGUUUGCUUUCUCACUCGGAUAUCCAACCAGGGUUUCGGAGCUCCGUUACUUGCUUGAAGCUUUUCGCUUUUCUUUGCAUUACUUAUGGCGCAGCGCUGCGAGGACGCAGCGGAAUGAUUUCCUUUCUUUCUCUCUUCUAGCUUCUAUAUGCAUGACUGGCUGUAUGACGAGUACUGGACUCGAAGAUGGUUUCUAUGUAGGUUCUCUCUCGCUCUAUCCCAGGGAAUUAAAUUCUUCUACUC